AUGCUACCAGGAAACCAAACACAAUUCACUGAAUUCAUCCUCCUGGGAUUUUCUGAAAAACUAGAUGAGCAGGGGCCCCUCUUUGCGCUGUUCUUGGGCAUGCAUUUGGUCACAGUGGUUGGAAACCUGCUCAUAAUGUUGGCCAUUGGCUCUGACUCUCACCUCCACACCCCCAUGUACUUCUUCCUUUUCAACUUGUCAUUUGUAGAUGUAUGUGUGGUAACCACGACAGUCCCCAAGAUGCUGGUGAGCAUCUUGACACAAAAUAAGACCAUCUCCUAUGCUGACUGUCUUGCCCAGAUGUCCUUCUUUAUUGUUUUUGCUGAUAUGGACAUUUUCCUCCUCACUGCAAUGGCCUAUGACCGUUUUGUGGCUAUCUGUCACCCUCUACGCUAUGCAGCCGUCAUGAGCCCUCGGCUCUGUGGCCUGCUGGUGCUGCUCUCCUGGAUAAUAAGCCUUCUAAACUGCCUUCUUCACAGCCUGAUGGUAACACAGCUCUCCUUCUGUACAAACCAUGAAAUUCAGGACUUCUUUUGUGAUCUUGCUGAGGUUCUGAAACUCUCUUGUUCUGACACUCUCAUCAAUUUGAUCUUGAUAUAUGUUAUUAUUGGACUGUUGGGCAUUCUUCCCUUCACAGGGAUCCUUUUCUCUUAUAGUCAAAUAUGUUCUUCCAUUUUGAAAGUCCCAUCUGCUCGGGGUAAGCACAAAGCCUUUUCUACUUGCGGAUCUCACCUCUCUGUUGUUUUCUUAUUCUAUGGCACGGGAUUUGGAGUAUAUUUGAGCUCCUCUGCUACCCCCUCUUCCUGGAAGAACACAGUGGCCUCAGCAAUCUAUGCUGUGGUCACUCCCAUGUUGAACCCCUUCAUCUAUACUCUAAGGAAUAAGGAUAUAAAAGAUGCCCUUAGGAGGCUCAUUAGCAGAACAGCCACCUCUCAGUGA